UUUAAAGCAACACUCAUUUGUUUAUCCUUCAGAGAGUCCUCCAGUAUCUACAUUAGCAAAUACCUGAUGGAUGAAGGUGCACACCUCCAUAUAUAUGAUCCCAAAGUACCCAGGGAACAAAUAGUUGUGGAUCUUUCUCAUCCAGGUGUUUCAGUGGAUGACCAAGUGUCCAGACUGGUGACCAUUUCCAAGGAUCCAUAUGAAGCGUGUGAUGGCGCCCAUGCCCUUGUUAUCUGCACUGAAUGGGACAUGUUUAAGGAGCUGGAUUAUGAACGGAUUCACAAAAAAAUGCUGAAACCAGCCUUUAUCUUUGAUGGACGACGCGUCCUGGAUGGCCUCCACAAUGAACUGCAGACCAUUGGCUUCCAGGUAGUCUGGUUUCUUUGUUUGGUCUUGUCAUUAUUACUUUGUGUGG